AUGAAUGUUCUCAAGAAAUUUUGGUCUCAAGGAGUUCUCACCGCUGCAUAUCUCAUCAAUCGGUUACCUGGUAGAGUGUUGGAUUUCAAAUCUCCUUAUGAAGUUAUGAAAGGGAAGGAAAUUAAUUUAUCCCAUUUGAAGGUGUUUGGAUGUACUUGCUUUGUUCACAUUCAAUCUUCUCAUCAUGACAAACUUGAUCCAAGGGCUGUCAAGUGCAUAUUCAUGGGAUAUUAUCUCAAAAGGUUAUAA